CAAAUAUGGAAAUCCUUGUUAAAAAAAUGACAAUAUUGUUGCUUAUCUUAGUUCUCAUAUCUACUUCAGUGUUGUGAACUAUCUCAGAGGGAAAUCUUAAUGAUUUAUCAGUCAGAGUAGAAGAGAAAGGAAAGAUUUUUCGACUAGUCAAACACCCUAAUAAUAACCUCAAUGUUAGAAGCGCUAGGAAGCAAUAUAAUAUUCCAAAUAAACACCAAAAAUCUUUACUGCAGUUGAAGUACCAAGCUGAAGACUACUUUGAAUCAGGAGAAGCCAGAGAUGAUACAAGUGACGGAGAGGUUUCAUCUCCAAUGAGAGACCUUCCUUUUAAUGGUUUUACUUCAGUAGUUGGAGUAGGCAACCCUCCACAAACCUUUUACUGUAUCUUCGAUACAGGGUCUAGCGUUAUGUUUGUAAAUUCUUUUGCAUGUGACAAUCAGAACUGAGGUAUUAACCCUCAAUUUCAAUCAGCCAAUUCAGAGACCUACGAUAAUUCAAAUGCUUACACUGAAACUAUCUUUUACGGAGGUGGAUACUUAGAUGGAACCGUAAUUCGAGACUCUGUCUACAUCGAAACAAUGGAGGUUCAGCAACAAGAUAUUGCCCUAGUCACUUCGGAAGAUGAUGGAUCAACCCCGAACUUUUCAUGAGUAAUUGGCCUAUCAUUCCCUGAACUGUCUCCGAAUGGAGAGAGUCUCUUAUUUGACAACAUGAUUGACCAAGGGCUUCUAAAUGAAGCCUUAUUCACAACAUAUUACUAUAAUGACCUUGAGCAUGCUGACCUCUACUUUGGAGGAAUCCUCGACAAAUAUUAUGAAGGUGAAAUUAACUAUGUUCCUGUCCAAGUAAGAGAGCAUUGGAAUAUCAAAGUCGAUGACGUCCUAAUUGAUGGAGUCUCCACAGGCAUUUGCUCUGAAGACGAAGGCUGUAUUGGACUAGUAGACACCGGAACCAACUCUAACUCUAUCGAAGGCGAGGCUUUCGAUGUGGUAACAAACGCUAUUUUUGGUGGCAGUGACCUUCAAUAUGGAUUUCCAUGAAACAUGCAAAAUGUUGACCUCCCUGACAUUUCUUAUGUGAUAGGGGGAGUUUCAUAUGAAUUUGACUAUCACGAAUAUACAAUUGAAGACUUUGGAUACUGUCAGCUCGACAUGUUUGAUAUGGAUGUGUUCAAUGAGCCAGGAAGACCCUCAAUCGUCCUCGGAGUCUCUUUCCUUAAGAAAUACUUUACAGUAUGGGAUAGAAGAGAUGCAGAAGCUCCACAAAUGGGAUUCGCAGUAAAAGCUCAUCUUGAAAUACCCUAUGAAGAAUUCUAUGAGGUUGAUGCAAUCCCUGACAACAGUGAAUUUGAAUCUCAAUAA